UGUGCAGGUUGAAGAGCAGAAGUGAUCCCGGCACUGCUCCAGCCUCCUACAACUGCUGUUUAUAGGCGCAGACCCGUGCGGAGGUCCAAGCUCGUCUGUUUAUGGCAUCAGCCAUUACGCUGCCGGUACUGCUUCAGUGAUCCGCGGCGUUUUUUAGCCGGACCGCUGCCGCUUGCGAAGGGCGACGACGCGGCCUAGUAGUCAUGCAUCGACGAAAGCCCGUCGCGUCCCUCGUUUCGCACGUGAUCGCCGCCGCUUCCCGCCAAAACUACCAGCGCGGCUGUGGCGGCGACUCCGCUCCUCUGCGGAGGCUCGUUUCUGGGUCGAAUCAUGCCGAAUCUUCGAUUCAGCCUCGGCGAGAAGGCUCGGGACUGGCGACGGCAGUUGGAUCAGGGUCUAGCCUAGGAGCUGGUUCGGUGAGGGGUUUGUUGGAGGAUGCUAGAGCUGGAUCGGGUGCACGUUCGGUAUCUGGUUCGGACGCGGAUUUUAGAUCUGGGGAUGUAGCAGGCUCGGCAACAGGUUCGGGAGUACGCUCGUCAGCUGCUUCGGCAGCAGGCUCGGCAUGGGGCCUGAGAUCUGCGGCGGGAGGAUCGGUGCGAAGAAGAUACGCGAGAGCAGGUGUGGUUUCCUACUUGCCUGGUAAAGGCGGACGCUCCUAUGGAUCUAUCAAUGGUCUGGCGGGAAGUGCGGCGUGGAAUGCGGCGGGGAGUGCGGCGAGCAGUGUGGCGGAGAGCGGGGGGGCGAUGGCGGGAGUUGAGGUGCGGCGGGUGAACGCCGCGACGGGGCUGUUCGGGUACGAGGAGCUGAGCGAGCCCAAGGGAUUUCACCGUAUGGCCGCUGACGCCAUCGCCAGAACGGAGGCUCUGCUGCGGGAGGUGGCGGCAGCGCCGCCGUCUCUGCGCACCGUGUGCCUGCUGGACGAGAUGAGCGACAAUCUGUGUCGAGUACUAGACGCAGCAGAGCUCUGUCGCAACGUGCACCCUAACAGGGAGUUUGUGGAAGCCGCCAACGAGGCGUUCGUCAAGCUGUCAACGUAUGUGCAGGCCCUCAACUCCAACCAGCAGCUCUACCGCCUGCUAGUCGCUGCCAUCCAAGCAAUGCCGCCCGCCGCCUCCACCUCGCCCUCCUCUCUGCCGCCCGCCGGGAAGUCUCAGCAGUCGCAGCAGCAGGGGGCUGGGAGGGCUGGGGGGGGCGAGCGGGAGGAGGUGUUGCGGGAGGCCCAUCGGGUGGCGCAGCUGCUGCGGCUGGACUUUGAGCGAGGGGGCGUGCACCUGCCGGAUGAUCGCAGGGAGGAGGUGCAGCGACUGACGGGAGAGAUUACCCGCACCUCAAUAGAGUUCAACGCCAACAUCCACUCUGACUCGUCCUCCAUCGAGGUCUUUCCCCGCAGCUCCCUGCACGCCCUCCCCCCCAACGUGCACGCCAUGCUGCAACCCAUCCAGCGCAGCAAGGCCACCUCCACCAGUGGCAGCAGCAGCAGCAGUAGGAGCAGCAGUGAUGGUGGUAGGAGUAGCGGUAGUUUCAAUAGUGAUGCUGUGACGGGCGGCUCGUUUGCCGAUAACAGUGCUGGCAGCUGUACAGACACCAGUAGGCCAGGACCUGGUGCCACUGCGAGCAGCAGUAGUAACGACGGAGAGGGAGCAGAAUGCAGGGAGAAAGUGGGUAAUGGGGGCAAUGCUAGCUGCAGCAGCAGCAGCAGCAGCAGCAGCAGCAGCGGCAGCGGCGGCGGCGGCAGCAGCAGCGGUACCAAUUCUGGAGCGCCCAAGGACCUUGGUUACCGGGUGUUUUCAGACCCGUUGGUUACGUCCUCCGUGCUCAAAUGGGUGGAUGACGAGGAGGUGCGUCGGCGCGUGUAUGUGCUGGCCAACGCCUCCCCUGGAUCCAACCUGCACCAACUAGACCGACUCAUCGACCUGCGCUCUCAACUUGCCAAGGAGCUGAGUUUCCCCUCAUACGCGCACCUCAUCAACGUGCCCCUCAUGGCCAAGACCCCAGACACGGUCAACUCCUUCCUGCACAACCUGGGCGCGCAGCUCACACCAAAAGUCUUCCAGGAGCUACAGCAGCUAGGGGCGCUGAAGAGGCAGCACAGGGGGGAGAGGGACGCGAGCAGAGACGGCGGCAGUGGGAACGAGCCGUCUGUGCUGCAUGCGUGGGACCGGUCCUUCUACUCGGGGCUCGCCAAGGCCAGACGAUUCCACCUCGACUCAAGAGUCAUAUCCUCCUACUUCCCUCUGCACGCGUGUGUGCGUGGCAUGGCGCUGCUAGUGAAGUCUCUAUUCAACGUGCAUCUAGAGCCAGUGCCCACGUCGCCAGGAGAAGUUUGGGCGCCAGACGUCACAAAGUACUCCUUGACUCACCCGGUGCAGGGCCCCCUGGGUUUCAUCUACCUGGACCUGCACCCCCGUAGGGGCAAGUUCUCGCACGCAGCUCACUUCACCAUCCGCUGCGGGCGAAGGAAGCAGCUGCCCCUGGACCGCAAGGGGCACUUGCUGCCGCUCUCCGUGCCCUCCCACAACAGCAGCAGUGACGACUACCAAUUGCCGGUGGUGGCUCUGGUGUGCAACUUUGCCGCCUCGUCACGUUCCUCGCCCUGUCUGCUGGCCCACCACGACGUGGAGACGCUCUUCCACGAGCUCGGCCAUGCACUGCACUCACUGCUCUCGCGCACCGCUUUCCAGCAUUUAUCGGGAACGAGAGCAGCACUGGACUUCGUGGAAGUGCCCUCCAACCUGCUCGAGUACUUCGUGUGGGACCAUCGCUUCCUGGGCCAGUUCGCGGUGCACCACGCCACAGGCGACCCCAUCCCACGCUCCCUCGUGGACUCCCUGCGGGCCUCCAAAUCCAUGCUGGCUGCCUCUGACCUCCAGACGCAGGUAGUCUACUCCCUCAUGGAUCAGGCCUAUUUCGGGGUCAACCCCCCACACCCUGCAUCCUCGUUACUAUCACCCUCGCUAUCGUCACCAGCAGCUGCUGCAGCCAUAGCAGCAGGAGCAGCAGGUGGCGGCGGUGGUGGGAAUGGCAGGGACACAACAGCAGUGAUGGCCGAUCUGAUGGGAAGGUACAUGGGGGUGGCGCAUGUCCCUGGCACGUACUGGCAGUCGCGCUUCGCACACCUUACUGCCUAUGGCGCAGGUUACUACACCUACAUUUAUGCCAAGUGCUUCGCAGCACAGCUAUGGAGGCGGCUAUUUGAAGAAGACCCUCUCAACCCAGAGGCGGGAGAACUGUUACGCUCGCAUUUGUUGCGCUACGGAGGAGCUGGGGAUCCCCGGACGCUUUUAGAGUCGCUCCUGGGACCCUCGGCAUUUGAUUUGAGCCAUGGGUCAAGAGGAAAUGGUGGUGGUUCAAACAGUUCAGGCAUAGGGGAGAGUGUGACUGGUGUUUGCCCAAGAACAGAUGAGCUUUUGGAAGACAUGGAGGUGUAGCAUGCAGUUGCAUAGGUCAUAUCAUGUUAUUAGUAAUGUUGAUGAGUUUAUGACGUAUGAAGCACAGCCUGUUAUGGAUGCUGUCAUGUUGGCAAGUUCAAGGC